AUGGAGAUCCGAUUGAAUGGAUUGUGUGGUGGUCCCACAUUUGUGGUAUAUGACGAAAAACUAUACACAACGGGAAUUGUUGCAAGGAGGAAUUCGGCAAGAAAUGCCGCUAGGGCUUCUAAAUUUGGUAGCGGCUUUCGAAGAUCUUUUGGGAGUAUAGUCAUUAACAAGUACGCUAAUCGGCGAACCUCGAUUUUUAAAUCCAAUCGGCCAAUGAAGGCACCCAAGCGUAAGUCGACUGCCCAGACGCACGAACAAUUCUACGAUCAAGAAGGUCGUUUGUUUCGGGUAGGCGACAUUGUAUCUUUAGUUGAUGAGGAAGAUGGUGCUCCGUAUUUCGCGCAGAUUAGGGGACUCAUGACUGAUACUUACGGUGAAAAGAAAGCUGCUCUUAAUUGGCUGAUCCCUUUGAAAAGUGCUUCGGAUGAACAUUAUUUUGAUCCUCAUAAUUUUGCUCAUGGAAUAUCGGAUGCAGAACUCUACCCCAUAGAAGUAUGUUGUUUUGUUUCUAAUGUGCCAGAUAUAGCGGCAUAUAAAAGAAUUUGGUCACCGAGAGAAUGCGUGGAACAACAAUUAAGGUUUGAAAUGGAAGAAAGACUGCAUGAUUUACAAGCGGUUGCAUCUUCCGAAUUACAUUUUCUUGACGGACCCUUGUUAGCUCCCAGGAAGAAGGAUGUCUAG